AUGUCUGACCCUAUUGUUGAGGCUGUACAGAAGCACCCGGCGCCUGAGGGUCUGGUGUACACAUAUGGCACUGCAGGAGUAUUUUCGUACCAAAGCGUAAAAACCCCCUCCCCGGAAACACGACAAGUACACACUCGGGCCUGGGCUAAUGGGAGAAGUGAGGUCCUCGAUUCCGUUCUAACACGCGUUGGCCUUGUAGCGGCCCUUCGAUCUCGCUCGCUGAAAGGAAAAUGGAUCGGCGUCAUGAUCACCGCGUCCCACAAUCCGCCCGAGGAUAAUGGAGUCAAGCUUGUUGAGCCACUGGGUAAUAUGUUGCAAGAAGACUGGGAGGUUAUUAGCACCGAAAUUGCAAACAAGGCCACCCCAGAAGAUGUCUCCAAGUACUAUCACGAUAUCGCUGCACAGCAAAAAGCCGACCUCGAAACCCCCGCCCGCGUAGUCGUCGCCCGCGAUACAAGAGCAUCUGGGAGCAGACUACUUGGUUGCCUUCUAGACGGGUUGAAAGGUGCCGGGGCCGAAGUCAAAGAGUACGGCUUUUUGACGACUCCACAAUUGCAUUAUAUGGUCAGGUGUCUGAACACAGAAGGCACCAAGGACGCAUAUGGAACUCCUACCGAGAAGGGGUACUAUGAGAAAUUUGGUGCGGCUUUCAAGACGGCUCUAAAAGGCAAAAAGCCCAGCGGCAGCUUGACCGUGGAUUGUGCCAAUGGAGUUGGAGGCCCCAAGCUGACCGAACUCAUCAAGCACCUUCCGUCAAAGGAAGAGGGUUUGGAAAUCCACGUCAUCAACGAUAAUGUCAUCAAGCCUGAAAGCUUGAACGUAGACUGCGGUGCAGACUUCGUCAAAACGAACCAGCGUGCUCCACCAUCAUCAAAAGCAGGUCCCGGCGAUCGAUGCUGCUCACUAGACGGUGAUGCCGAUCGUGUUGUUUACUACUUCAAGGAUGCCAACAACGUAUUCCGCCUGCUCGACGGGGACCGCAUCGCAACUCUCGUAGCCUCCUUCCUAGGAGACCAGGUCCGCCUUGCUGGUCUGGCAGAUUCCUUGAAGAUCGGUGUUGUCCAGACGGCAUACGCCAACGGAGCGGCAACACAAUACGUAGAGCAGCAUCUCAAACUCAAGGUCGAUUGCACACCUACCGGAGUCAAAUAUCUUCACCAUGCUGCUGAGAAGCUCGACAUUGGUGUUUACUUUGAGGCCAACGGCCAUGGCACCGUCAUCUUCUCGCCUGAUACCUUGGACACAAUCGCUACACACGAGCCCAAAUCACCCGGCCAAAAGGAAGCUCUGGAUGUACUCCGGGCUUGCAUUGACCUGAUCAAUCAAUCUGUCGGAGACGCGCUUUCCGACUUCCUCCUUGUCGAAGUAGUACUCGCACACAAGAACUGGGGUCCCCAAGAAUGGCUCUCUACUUACACCGAUCUCCCUAACCGUCUUCUCAAGGUCAUCGUUAACGACCGUAAGAUCUUCAAGACGACAGACGCCGAGCGCCGCCUGGUUGCUCCCGAAGGUCUGCAAGCGCUGAUUGACAAAGAGGUACAGAAGGUGCGCCAGGGUCGGUCCUUUGCUCGUGCCAGUGGCACCGAGGAUGCGGUCCGGGUUUAUGCAGAGGCAGCUACCAAGGCGGAGGCAGAAGACCUUGCAAGGAAGGUCAGUGAGCUUGUCAAGAAUGCUGGAGGUCAGUAG